CCCUUCCUGAUCGUUGCUUCACUGAGUCUGAAAGAAACUGCGAAAGAGAGGGUUCACUUCUGCCUAAUGCUAAAGCUGUUUUCAUGGCGUCGUUCAGCACCUCAAACCCUAAACCUGUACUCAAGCACCUUCUUUCACAAAUCCCUCUCCCCUAUCACACUUAUCUCUCGAUUUCUGACUCAACAACAACCCCUACCCGAAGACCCCUACGACCCUCCAUUCUCACCUACCACGAAACCCCUAAAACCUAGUAAGCAGAAGGGCAGGAACAAGAAAAAGAAGCAGAAGAAGAGCCAAAACGAAUCUUCAACCGAUUCCGAAGAAGGUAAGAGCUUUCCCCUCAUGUCCGAUUUGCCCUUUGAUUUCAGAUACUCCUACUCUGAGACCAACCAUCAAUUGAGCCCAUCGGGUUUCGCGAACCGCCGCGGUUCUCUCCUUUUGGUCCCGGAAGGCUCGACCGCAAAUGGACCGGCACCUGUGCUCCCGCAGAUCAGGCUGGUGACUUGGAGAAGAUUGCAGAGCAGCGAAGCGCGGUUCUCGGAGAACCGCUCUCGGAGGAGGAAAUUUCGGAGCUUGUGGAGCGAUAUCGUCACAGUGAUUGUUCUCGGCAGAUUAAUUUGGGUACUUCCCCCCGUCCUCCACCCGCAACUUCCCCUCUCUCUUCCCCCUCUCUCUAUUUGCAACUUGCAUUUAACUAGUGAUUUAUACUUACAACAUGGUAGGAAGGGGGGUGUUACUCACAACAUGAUUGACGAUAUCCACAAUCACUGGAAGAGGGCUGAAGCUGUGAGGAUCAAGUGCUUGGGGGUGCCAACUCUUGACAUGGACAACGUUUGUUUCCACCUAGAGGACAAAUCUGGUGGGAAGAUCAUAUACCGCCACAUAAAUAUCCUCCUUUUAUAUCGUGGAAGAAACUAUGACCCCAAGAAGAGAUCUAUCAUUCCGAUUGAUGCUGUGGAAACCACAUGCACCUAUUUAUCCCAGACUUUAUUAAUAAUUUCUGGAUGCUUGAUUGAGCUGGAAGUGGAUGCUCAUUCUUGCUCUUCUAUGUCUGUAGGCAGGAACGGUGUUUAUGUGAACGUGGUGGAGAGAGUGAGGGAAGCAUUUCAGACUGAACAAGUUAUACGGCUAGAUUGCAGUUAUAUGGGCACAAGUGACUGCAAGAAAAUAGGUGUAAAAUUAAGGGAGUUGGUACCUUGUGUCCCUAUCUUGUUCAAAGAUGAACAGAUAAUACUUUGGAGGGGAAAGAAAGGUUUGAAGAGGACUCCUGUGUGGACGCACAAACCAGAAUUAUGA